UAUGCAAAGGAUAACAAGCAUCGAUCAAAGUUGGAAAUUAAAAAUCACAAAAAUACAUGUGGCGGCGAAUCUGUGCGGGCGCGUGUAAAGGAAAAGCAAAGUGUACUGCACUGCAAUCUGAAGAGUAUCGCAAUUAGUAAAUUACAAGGAGAUAUAUUCAAUAUUAAUCGCAUCAAGUUGCGUAUGCUGUCACGGAUCACAGUAGUUGGACGUUAGCGAAUAGAUUGGAGUGCUCGCGCGUUCCAGUUAAUCGUAGUCAUGGGAGACGAUCCUCGAGCAAAUAAUCCAUUCUUCAAGUUUGGCUACUUUGUAUUCAAUCUCUUUGAUGGGCCUGUAACUUUCUUUCGAGAAAAGAUCGUCGAACCCAAUCAAAAACAUUACCCGUACUACCAUCAAAAGUUUCGAAGAGUGCCAACCAUUGAUGAGUGUGAGACUGAAGAUCACGUUUGUAGAUUUGAAGCACAGCAACAGUUUAUUCGAGACAAAAACGUUGACAAUGAAAUUCUUCACAUUUUGAGGCAACGCUAUGAGCAUUGUAAUCAUGAGGAUUUCAAUCAGAGAGGUGAGGCAAAAUGUGAACAGCUAUAUGAAGAGUAUAAAGAUGCUGCAGGCAAUUGGUUUGGAAAAUAUGGUGACAUGGGCCCUGAGCCUAAUGUUGUAUAUGCUUUUAUGAAACAAAAACAUCGUAUGGCAUGGGAACGUAGACAUGGGCCAGUAGGUACAGGAAUGAAACAAGAAAAGUUUACAAUCUCUGAAGAAUAUUAAUCGCAAUCUAGUGUGAUAAAUAAAAACUUGUUGUAGAGUACUUGUUUUUUGAAACAAGCGUAUGUACAGUUUCUCAUUAAAUAAAUUAUGCUUACAAAGAUUUGUUUGAUUAAGGAUUCACAAAAGACGAUGUUGAACAGAAAACUAAUUAUUUUAUUUUCUAUAUCACAAUAUACCAUGUAUAAAUAUAAAAAUAUCUAGGCUACAUAUAUCAGGUCCACUUUGGACUACAAAAAUCUUUCUUGUUCUGGCUUAAAUAGAUUUGAGUUAUUUUACAAUAGGUUCAAUGCUAGUGUUCCUAUUAAAAGAUAAAACAAUUUUCAACAAUACUCGUAUGAACUUUAAUAUCUACACUUAUUUAAAACUGGAGCCUCAAACUGCUCAAUAAAUUAAAACAAGCAAUACAAGUUAAUACAAGUUCUAUAAAAAAAGUUAUAAUCACAGGCUACACAUUUAGCAAUUGAACUAGAUUUUAAUAUAUAAAACACUCAAGGCGAUAUCGUUUGGUAAUAAAUAAAAUUAAAAAAACACAUUGCAAUAAUCUUAAAAUAACGCAUAUUCAAUUGAUUUUUUCCUUAUAAUUUAUUAAAAUACAAGAUGUCUAAAAUUGAUUUUUUCAUGAUAAUUUAUCGAUUCUU